CCGUCUGCUAGCCCGCCCCCCGUUCGUCGCCAGUUGUCAUGAGUGCUCAAGAUUUCUACAACGCUGGAAAGCCCCAGGAUGGAUCCUACCCGCCACCACAGGGACCACCACCGGGCCAGGGAGGCUAUUACCAAGGAGGACCUAAUAACGGCCAGGGCGGAUAUUACCCUCAGCAACCCCCUCAAGCAUAUCAACAAGGAGGGUACUAUGGCGGCCCGCCUCCGCAAGGCUACCCGCAGCAAGGCUAUCCUCAGCAGGGAUACCCUGCCCAGGGACCUCCUCAGACUGUCAUUGUGCAACAAGAAAAGGAGAGCAACACUGGUUGCUACGCCUGUCUCGCUGCCAUCCUCUGCUGUUGCUGCGCCGACGCCCUUUGCUGAUCAUGAUCUUCGGCCCGUUUUUGAAACUCAAGCGCUUAUCGCAGCUUCCGACGCGUGAUGCGCUUGCAGCGUCUUAUGCUUACGUUCGGUCACGUCCGCCCCCGCGCCACUUAUCUCUCUCCGCACUACUGUUUCCUGUAUGAUGAUCACGAAAAGACACGCGGCGCUUGGGUCGACCUGGAAUCUAGGUUGUUUUUGUUUCUUCAUUGGCUAAUCACUUGUAUCCAUACCCUCUGUAAUCACCCUUUUUACCUCGGUUCGGUUCCGACCCUUCUCUUUCUACUCCUUUUGCGAAUUUAUCACCCACACACGAUUUGGAGUAGUUUU